AUGUCUGGGACUUUGUUAGAAGAAUCCGGCGCCAGCAUCAAAUCAUUGACUGACCCUCCAAAAAUUGAAUUAAGUGAACCGUGCAAGGAUAUUUUGAAUCUUAUUUCCAAAUCUUCUGCUUCAGCAACAUGCAUAAAGUCUCAAAUAAGGUCUUUUAUUGGAACUAAUAAUUCUCUGGAUGAAUCUGAAUAUGCUGACUAUUACUUUGCGGAAUCUACACUUCAUCAUUUCUUGCAAAUGAUGACCAGCCCAAGAAACCCAAUUCUAUUCCCAAUGAAAGAGAGGACAGCUGCUCCAAUUACAACAAUAUACCUGUUACAUGCAAUGUUCUUAAGCUGUAAUGACCUAGUAUCUUUCCAUUGGAUUGAGCGGACAGCUGAUAUAACAGGAGCUGCAAAGUGGGAUGGAAUAUGCUUUUCAAUCAAAGAUAAGCGCCUCACGCCCGUUUUGAUUGAAUUUUCUGGAGGGAUUCACUUUAAUAGUACCACAGAAAAAGAGCAAAGAGAUGAAAGCAAAAUGAUACGAAAUAUGGUCAAGCUCUUGGAAUAUGCCAAAUAUGUCAAAAAGCACAAGUCCCCUGUCCCGCAGUUCUACUGUCGUUUCUUCAACAACCAGAUUUUCUUUGAAGCCAUAUUUUUAGUUGAUGAAGAAACUAGACUUGUAAAAAGAACUUUUUGCAAGAUUCCCUGUCCGGUAACCCCACGCGAGCUAAAGAUCUUUGCUGAAAACAUUCCUGCUAUGUUAAAAUGGAAGCAGGCAAUAAUAAACUAUGUGAUCGAAUCACAAAAGUGA